AUGUACCGGAGUCUCUCUUUCCAACCUGUCCCGAGCGAGCAAGCACCCCGGGCAAACCAAUUCCAGACCCGUCGUCUCCGAGAGGGAGAAGAGGGCGCCUCAGCACGCCUCUGCCCAACGCGGGAAGGCCCAGACAGGGGGGUGACUGUGGGCGGCUGGGGGUCAGAGGAGGCAGCCAGCCCGGGCAGGCGGGAGCAAGAGGCCGCUCUGGGCAGCAGGAGCCGGGCCACUGGGCUCAGGCGCCAGGAGGCCCGGGCACAGCAGGCGUGGCGCCCCCCCGCCCCCCGCCCAUGGGCACGGCCGAGUCAGGGAAAGCAUCCGCGGGGGGGAGGGGGCGGCAGACCUGCACGACGGCGCCGGCGCGCAGCCCCUCCUCGCAGGCGCCAGAGACGGCGGGUCUCCUCCUGGCCGCCGGGCGAGGCCCUCCCGGCCACUCCAACGGCCCCGGCGCUGGCAGGAAUCCGCCCCGACCGGUCUCAGGCCAGGCGGCGAGCAGAGGCCUCCGGCGGGCUCCUGGCGCGGCUGCGUCGUCACCCGGCAGAGCCGCCCCAGCGGCGGGCUCGUGGCCAGCGGGCCUGCGGUGUGGCUGCAGCGCCCCCGCCCCGGCAGCAGAAGGCGGCCGCCUCCCGAGCGGUGCGCGCAGCCCUGCCCGCCCCUGCAGCCCUCGCUCGGAUCAGCCGGCCGGGGCCCGGGCCGCGGAGGCGCUCGAGGCAGGCGGCGGCCGCGUCUCGCCCUCGGCCAUCGGCUCAGCGCCGGCGGGACGCCCUCGGCGGGACGGCCCCUCCGCGCCCGAGCAUCGCCCGGCAGCCACGGGCGGCGCGGCCAGCAGCGGCCAGGCGGACCCGCUUCCGAGGGCGGCGGGCGGGCGGGCCCUGCGCAGCGGCGGGAUCCGGAGGGGGGCGCGGCGCAGUGCAGCGCCGGAGACCCCGACCGGGCGGCGGCCGCCUGACAGCGGGCGCGGCUCAGCAGCGAGGCCCGGCGGCCCGAGAGGCCGGCGGACGGGCCCGGGCGGGGCGAGCGGCCUGCGGGGCGGCGCUGCGCGGCAUCCUGCCAGAGUCGGGGGCCGGCGGCCCGCCUCGCAGCCACGCCCCUCUCGCCCGGGGCAUUGUGGGCCGGAGGCGGACCCAAUAUGGCGGAUGUAUCCGCGGCCUGAGCCGCUUCCUCUGCGGAGAGACGCCUUCUGCCGCCGCCGCCCGCCCUCCUCAACCCGCCAUGCUGGCGCGGCUGCUGCUCCUGCGGCCGGGGCUCUUCGGGAGCCGCGGCUGCUACUGCCGCCUGACGCCGGCGGCCAAGGAUGGGCCUACACGAGCCUUUUCGGUUGCCAGGUCCUUUGGCAGCCAUGCCAGGUUCUCCAAAUUGCGGCAGGCUCCUGACCGGCUGGCCAGGCUGUCCCCAGCUGUGCCGCUGCUCUUGCCACGCAGCCUCUUCCCGCUGGGCCGAGCGGCUGCAUUAUUGGCUGGCGUGGGGGCUAGCUUCUACAGCAGGGCCUUGUGCCAGGAGGCUGCCUGUGGUGAGCCAGCGUAUGCCUCCGCUGUCCCAGAGGAAGUGCCGGCCUUUGACUGGGCCACCUUCUGGAAGUUCCUGAGGCCGCAGCUACUGGCGCUGGCAGCAGCAGUCAUGUUUGCACUCGGAGUGGCACUCCUCAACGUACAGGUCCCGCUGGUGCUGGGUGAAGUGGUCAAUGUGGUGGCCCGGUACACCCAUUUGGGCGAUUACCUGCGUGUGGUGCGCCGCCCUGCCAUGCGCUUGUUGAGCAUCUAUGCCCUCCAGGGGACAUUAACCUUUGGCUAUAUCAUGCUGCUCUCACGCAUUGGAGAAAGGGUGGCCAAUAGUAUGCGCAAGGAGCUUUUUAAUUCCUUGAUCAGGCAGGACGUGGCCUUCUUUGAUGCCAACCGGACAGGGCAGCUGGUGAAUCGCCUGACCUCAGACAUCCAGGAGUUCAAGUCCUCAUUCAAGAUGGUCAUCUCUCAGGGCCUGCGCAGCCUCACCCAGACGGCUGGCUGUUUAGUGUCUCUCUACUUCAUCUCACCCAAGCUGACGGGGCUGCUGCUGGUGGUGAUGCCAGCCUUGGUGGGGACCGGAGCGCUCAUCGGCUCCUUUCUGCGCCAGCUUUCACGCAAGGCCCAAGAGCAGGUGGCCAAGGCCACGGCAGUGGCAGACGAGGCCCUGGGCAAUGUUCGGACGGUGCGGGCAUUUGCCAUGGAAGGCCGAGAGAUUCAGCAGUAUGCUGUGGAGGUGGAUCGUUCUGGCCGCCUCAACAUGGACCUGGGGCUGGGCAUUGCAGUCUUCCAGGGCCUGUCCAACCUGGCGCUGAACUGCAUUGUGCUGGGCACUCUCUUUGUGGGUGGCUUCCUCAUGGCUGGGGAAGAGCUGAGCCCCGGAGAUCUGAUGUCCUUCUUAGUUUCCACGCAGACUGUGCAGAGGUCCAUGGCCAACAUGUCCAUCCUGUUUGGGCAGGUGGUGCGAGGGAUGAGUGCUGGUGCCCGUGUGUUUGAAUACAUGACUCUGGCGCCAGAGACCCCGUUAUGUGGAGGGCAGAGGCUUGCGUGUAGCUCACUGUGUGGCAACAUUCAAUUCCAAAAUGUCUGCUUCAGUUACCCCACCCGGCCAGGCUACCAUGUGCUGCGAGACUUCUGCCUCUCGAUCCCUUCUAACAAGACGGUGGCCAUCGUGGGACAAUCUGGAGGAGGGAAGUCCACUGUGGCUGCGCUCCUGGAGCGGUUCUACAAUCCCACGAGGGGCACAAUCUUCCUGGACGGACACGACAUCAGCACUCUGGAUCCUUCCUGGCUUCGGGGAGAGGUCAUUGGCUUCAUUAAUCAGGAGCCGGUGCUGUUCAGUACAUCCAUCAUGGAGAACAUCCGCUUUGGCAAGCCUGGGGCACCUGAUGCCGAAGUCUACGCCGCCGCUCGCCUGGCCAAUGCUGACAGUUUUAUCCGCAGUUUUCCGGAGGGGUACAACACUGUAGUAGGUGAGCGUGGGGUGACCUUGUCUGGCGGCCAGAAGCAGCGGGUGGCCAUUGCUCGGGCGCUCAUCAAGAACCCCACCGUGCUGAUCCUGGAUGAGGCCACAAGCGCCCUGGAUGCAGAAUCGGAGCACGCGGUCCAGGAAGCCUUGGAUCGGGCAGUGGCUGGGCGCACCGUGCUGGUCAUCGCGCAUCGCCUCAGCACCGUGCAAGCAGCUGACCUCAUCGUGGUGCUGGCCAAGGGGUGUGUGGUGGAGGCCGGCAGCCACGCGCAGCUGCUCCGCCAGGGCGGCCUCUACGCCGAGCUCAUCCGCCGCCAGACCAAGGAGGACGCCGCGGGCAGCUGACGAGCCGCGCCUCCUCCCAAUAAACCGCG